UUAUGUUAUGAAGAAAAAGAAGAUGGUAAUAAAAUGUUUUAUACUUGGUGUGAAGCUGCAAAAAAAAAAAAUAGAUUUACAUAUGGAUGUAAAUGGUUAAAACAUGAUGCUUUAAUUCAGCAUACAAAUACACAGGAUCAUAGAAAAAGUAAACCAAUUUUGCAUAAUCAAACAACAAUUGAAUAUAGAUUUAAGUGUGCAAUAUCAAAAAACAAAUUAGAUAUUAUUCGAAUUAUGCAAUAUCAAUUUAAUGAAGCAGAAAAUGAGGCUUUAUUUGGACCUUUUGUUGGUUUAAAAAAAGUACAAUCAAUUAUUGAUCCACCUAAUACAAUAUGUUCAGAAUAUAGUUCAUAUGAUAAUGAUGUUUCUGCAUAUGAAUUUUUAGAAGCAAUUUCAUUUGUUAUUGAAGAAAGUUUAAGUAAUGAAAUUCAAAACUCACCAUAUUGGAGUAUUCAAAUUGAUGAUAACAAUACAAUUAAACAAGAAAAAAUGUUAGCUAUUGUUUCUAAACAUUUAUCUAAUAACUAUUCAGUUAUACGUUUUUUAGGUAUUAUUCAAUUAGAUAAUGCAGCUGCACAACCAACUGUUAAUAAUAUUAAUCAUUUUUUAACAGCAAAAAAACUUAAUAUAAGCAAUAUAUUUCAUAUAGGAAGUGAUGGUGCUAGUACAAUGAUUAGAAAAAAAAAUGGUGUUGCCGCUAUUUUUAAAAAACAAAAUCCUUUUCUCUUAGAAUACCAUUGUAUUGCUCAUCGAUUAGCUUUGACAGCCAAAGAUGCUACUGAAAAAGUUCCUUAUUUUGAAAAUUAUAAUUCAAUUAUUAAUAAUUUAUAUUCUUAUUUUAGUAGUUCUUAUAAACAAAUAAUUAAUCUUCGAUUAAUAGAACAAAUAUUUGAUGAUCCAAAUUUAGUUCUUCUUCAAAUUAUCAAUACUCGAUGGCUUUCAUUAAGUAAUGUUGUAUCUAACUUGCAUCAAAUUUUAAAGUCUGUAAAAACAGUAUUAAAUGAAGAUUCUUCAAAAAAUAUCAUUACACAAAGACUUUAUAAUGCAAUGGAUCAAACUUUUUAUUUAGCUACUAAGGUUUAUACAUACUUAAAUACAACUAUUAAUACAAUUACUACUCAAUAUAUUGGUCGUAAUAGAAUUUUACUAAACUAUGGAAACUUUUUAAGAGAAUAUAUUAAUGAGCAAAAUAUAUUAUUUGAAGAUCUUUCUGAUUUUAUUUUACAAUUUGCAAUUGCAACUAUUGAAUCUCUUCAAGAUCGCUUUCUAGAUUCUGAAAUGCUAAAUUCAUUAAGAAUUUUUGAUCCACAUGAAUUACCACCACAAUAUAAUCAAAUUCAUUCUUAUAGCAAUAGUGAAAUCCAAACCUUAGCUAAAUUUUAUGGAAAACCAAAAAAACUUAAUCAAAUUGAAUAUCUAGCACUUAUUGAUGAUAACUUGCUAACUAAAAAAUGGGAUAUUUUUAAGUAUCGAUUACUGAAUUAUUUUACUAUUACAACAAUUUAUAUAUGGAAAGCUCUUUUUGAUCUUUCCAAUUUUUCUAUUCAAUUUCCAAAUAUUAAAAAACUUGUAUCAAUUUUUUUAGUUACACCUCUUUUUAAUGCUAUAGUUGAAAGAGUUUUUUCUUAA